GAUACUGAUGUACACUUCGUUACGGCUAAUAAAAUGUUCAAGUUUAAAUACAACAAACCUGGUCUGGUCGAAUCUGAUAUAAGCUUUGAUUAUGAGUUUGAGAAUUCUAGCGUUGCAAGUUCUUUUUAUAAAGAAAAUGAUAAUAUUAAUACAGAUGAGUUACCUUUUCAAGAAAGUAUAGAUGAAGCCUCUCAAGAGAGCAUUGAUGAAAUUUCCCAAGAAAAAGUUGUGAAUACAAAAAACAAUACAAAAACUUGGGUUAACGCAAUAAACAAAUAUUUUGCUGAUACAAACCUUACGGGUGAUAUAACACAAAUUAAAGAUCAAUAUGAAUUGGAGUCGAUUCUUAUCAAUUUUUUCGUUGCUUUGAAAAAAAAAGAUGGACAACCCUAUGCACCUACCUCUAUACAUAAUUGUUAUUAUACAAUUGCUCGUCAUCUUCAAAGCUAUUCAUGUCUGAAUCCAAGACCGAAUAUCUAUGAUAAAAAUGUAUUUGCUCGAUUAUAUUCAACUGUAGAUAGCAAAAUAAAACUUACUCAAGAUAAUAAUCCAUGUCAAACUAAAAAAUCUGAUGCUCUAAGUGAUGACGAUAUUGUUAAAAUUUUGAAUCAUGAAGAAUUACUAAAGAAUACACCAACUGCAAUCACAUAUCAAGUUUACUUCUGGUUAUGCCUUCUGUGUGGUUUGCGCGGUGGUGAUGCACAUCGUUUAGAAUUUAACCAUGUAAAAUCGGCUCAUGACAAAGUAAUUCAAGUAACUAUACCUCAGGAAAAAAAUCAUGCUGGAGGCUUGAAAAACUUAACUAAUGCUAGUAGAAGUUGUGAAAUACCUCCUGAUAUGAAUGGUAAAUUCAUACCUGUAGCUGAUAUUUUAUACUAUAUAUAUCGCCGUGGUCAAAAUUUUAAAUCAAAGGAAUUUUUUUUAAAAAUCGCACCUAAUAAAGAUUUUAUAAGGGGAAUUUGGUUCCACGAUGCAACUUUAGGACAACAUUCACAUGAAAAAAUGAUUCAUGAAAUAUGCCGUAUUACAGGAAUUGAUACCAACCUAAAAAAAAUUACAAAUCAUUCUUUAAGGCGCACUUCGAUCCAGAUACUUACACAAUUAAAUGUGGCUACAGAUUGUAUCAUGGCCUUCAGUGGGCAUCGAUCUCUUGGUGGUGUAGCAUCAUACCAAAGUUUUACUCGUGAAAUCUUGCAUAAUACA